AUGCCAUCACUAAAAUCGAUUGAUAAGCUUGAUGAUGAGCUCAAUAAUGAUUAUAUUGAUCAAAGUCAUAUUCAAGCAUUUAGACUCGCCCUUAGUCAAAUUGACUCCAUCGAUGAGGACACUCGCAUUUCCGCUUUAAGCGACUUUGCACCUGUACAUGAACGUGUCAAGAGGAGACGUAAACCCAAAGUUUCUUCUGGCUUUAGCUGGGGAUACACUACAAUCAGAUAUCCCCUCCUCAUCAUCCUUUUCUUCACUAUCACUAUCGAAUUCAUAUUCUACGUCUCUGUUCGUCAAAUCGUAAAUCUCUGGGAAUGGGCUAUUCAACAUCGUGGCAAGUCUGCUGUUAUAAGGCAAAAGAUGAGAAAUGCUACCAAUUUCCAUGAUUGGAAGAAAGCUGCCGUUGAAAUGGAUCACUAUCUGGAUCUCGAGAAAUGGAAAAGCGAUAAUCACAGCGGCAUUUACUAUGAUUCCUUACUCGUUCAGAAAGUCUUGUCCUCCUUAAAAGACAAGCGUCAAAAUGAUGACAUUCAGGGCCUGAUAGGUGUUCUUGAAAUUUGCAUCAAAAACAACUUUGCUGGUACUGAGAGCUCGCGUCUUUAUAGUGAAACAUUCUACGGCAGCAAAGUCCUGAUUGAAGACUACAUCAAUGAGGUCAGCAGGUCCCUUUCUACUCUUCGCGAUCAUCCCUCUGUCUCUAUCGAACAGAAGCGUAUCCUUUUUAAAUCCUUUAACCGCAAUUUUGGUCAGUCAGCACUUUGUCUGUCUGGAGGAGGUUCCUUUGGAUACUAUCACUUUGGUGUUCUUAAGGCAUUUCUGGAAGCUGGCUUGUUACCUAGAGUGAUAACUGGUACAUCUGCAGGUGGAUUAGUGGCAGCACCAGAACUAGCAGAUAAGAUUAAAGCUUGCGAAGAUUCCUUCUCUGUUUGGUUCCCGAGAUGGUGGCGCACGGGUGCUCGUUUUGACACAAUAGCUUGGGCGGAGAAGUCCAUGUUUUUCACUAGAGGUACAAUGACAUUUCAAGACGCCUACGAGCGAACAGGGAGAUCUUUGAAUAUAUCUGUUACCCCAUCUGAUAGACACAGUCCCACAAAGAUUUUAAAUCAUCUAACAGCGCCCGACUGCGUAAUUUGGUCAGCCAUUAUCGCAUCUGCAGCAGUUCCAGGUAUCCUUCCACCAGUUGUCCUGAUGCGCAAAUGUAAAGAUGGAUCAAUUGAGCCUUUUAGUCUUGGUGCUAGAUUUAAGGAUGGUUCUAUUAGAGUUGAUAUACCAUUACAGUCGUUAAACCUUCUCAACCACGCUAUUGUGUCCCAAGUAAACCCUCAUGUUCACUUGUUUUUCUACGCUCCAAGAGGAUCUGCUGGUAAACCUGUUGCUCACCGUAGAGGUCAAGGAUGGCGUGGUGGAUUCUUUUUAGCUGCAGCUGAAUCCUACCUCAAACUGGAAUUAAGCAAAAAUUUAAAAGUUAUUAGAGACUUGGAAUUAAUGCCAGAGAUAUUAGCAACGGAUUUUUCAUCUGUAUUUCUUCAAAAGUUUGAAGGUAGCAUAACUAUUUGGCCACGGACAAGGUUUUUAGAUUGGAUCCAUAUAUUGUCGGAUCCUGAUAGGCCUGAACUAAAACGCAUGAUGAAAAUGGGGCAGUUGGCAACGUGGCCGAAACUACAUAUUGUCGAAAACCGCUUUAAGAUAGAACGGGAGAUCUUGAAAGGUAGACAUAUGGUACGCGACACUUUGAAAAUGAAUAGAAUGAACACAAAAAGCGUCGAGCAACUCGAUGCAGCUAGUGUCGCUACAAACUCCGAUUUUGAGUCUAAGCAGGUUGAUGCGACGGCUCAGGGCAACAUUGAACGACUCAAUCCAAUUAACGACUUUAACAAAUCAGAAGUUGACAGCGAGGCCUCAACAUCUGACAAUGAAAGCGAGCCUUCAGAGUUGUUAAACUUUAACACAAACGGUGAAUCUAACAACUUUAAUCCUUCAAGUCACCAAAACGUUGAAGGCAAGAAACAAUUGUAA